AUGGGUUUGCAAAGCCAAUUAAACGACGUGUCGUCGGGUUCGAUUCCGCUGCUGGUCUUGGCGCAGAUAGCCAUGUGCGUCAACUACCUCCGCUCGAUGCUCCUGGCGGUGUUGCAAUCCCUAGGUCUUGGUCGAUUCCACACCCACCAGAUCGUCGACGACCGCUUCCUCGCCGCUGUCGGAUCCGGCCUUGCCGGAAUCAUCAUGCUCUCCGAUCAACUCACGCUCAACAACCAAUUCUUCUGCUACGACGGCGCCGCCCACGACCACCCCUGCGUGGUGUGCCAGGCCGCCUUCCAGGACGGCGACCAACUCCGCAUGCUCCCCUGCCGCCACGUCUUCCACCGCCGCUGCUUCGACGGGUGGCUCCACCACUACAAGUUCAACUGCCCCCUCUGCCGUUCCCCGCUCCUCUCCGACGAGCGCGUGGCCCUCACCGAACGCCGCCUCGGCCAACAACUCAUCUCUUGGUUCUCCCUUCACUGA